GAUUUCUUCUCCUUCAAACUCACCGACUCAAAGAAAUCCAAAAUUAGGAAAAAGUAAAUAACAAGAAAAAAACCAAAAAUAUUUGAUUAGAAAAGCAAAUAUAGAAAAUAGCAAUCGACAGAAAAAAAAAUCGGUUGAAAAUCCCGUCUGCAGAAGGAAGAAGGCAUCAAUGGAUUCCAACAAAUCCUUGCUGCAUUUGUUUCUUUUCUUCCUUGUUGUUGGCAUUGCAUCUUCUUCCCACCUUUCAAAUGGGAUCUUCGAACCGCAUGGAUUAAUUGGUCGUUCGCUUCUACAGCAGAAAAAAACUUGCCCCGUGGAUUUCGAGAACAUGAACUACACGGUGAUCACAAGCCAAUGCAAGGGGCCAAAUUACUCGGCCGAUAGAUGCUGCCCGCCGUUGAAGCAACUGCUCUGCCCCAUCAAGGAUCAUAUCAACGAUCUCAAGAGCGACUGCGCGGACGUCUUCUUUAGCUACGUCAACCUCUACGGCAAGUACCCUCCGGGGCUCUUCGCCUCCCUCUGCAAGGAGGGCAAGGAAGGGCUCGACUGCGAAGGCGUUGUUGUUGCCAAAAAUGGGGCCUCUUGCGUUGCCUCCUCACUAGGCAUGGCCAUUGCUGCAUUAGCAUUGAUCAUGUUUUGCUAUAUUUGAUGAGAGAGUAAUUUGUGUGUGCUUUGUAGUUUGUUUGGCCUAUUUAUGAGUUGAUUAUUUGGAAAAAAGGUCUUUGUGUUCCAAUUGGGAUGGAUUGUGCACACAAUAUUAAUAGUAAUAUCAUAUCAUCCUAUGUUUGUUGCAUUGCUAUGUUUGAUUUGAAAACAUGGACCAAAUUAAAGAAAAAAAAUACUAAAAGUUUAUUGUGAGACUGGAUCAAGGUUCUGCCCUCGUGAGAUUCAAACUCUCAUACUGCAGUCAUCCGAUAAAAUAUACUCCUGCUGUCCACGAAAAACAAUCUCAUUUGUGAACAACACGAGUUUUAACGAGAAAUUGGUAAAGUGAGAGAGGAGAAAAAAAAUAGAUAAAGUAGGAGAAGAAAAGAGAAAAAUUAAGAGAGAAGAGGGAAAAAAAUGAAUGAAAUAUAAGAGAGUUUUCACUUUUGAAAUGAAACUAUUUUUGGUCACGCCAAAAUAAUAAAAUUGGACUAUUUGUUUUUUGGACGGAGGAGUAUCCAAGUCCGUUUGGCUCAGCCCAUAACUGAAGUGGGUUGGGUUAUGCAAAAAAAUCAUGCAUUUUUUAAAUUCUCAUCAAUUUUUGAAUUUUUUUAUUAUAAUAAAGUAAAAAUAAUUAUAAUUGGAUGAUUAAGUAAAGUAUAAGACUUUUAUUUUUAAUUGUGAUUUAUAUACUCCACUUUCCAUUCAAGAUGACCACUUCAUUAAAGACACA